CACCAUCAUAACCAUCACUGCAAGUUUGGCGUGGUUUAGAAGUCAUGUCAAGCGAUAUAAACUUAUAAAAACUUUCAGUUCGUUUUUAGAAACCGAUUUCUCUCUUUUUUUUUUUUUUUAAACUUCGUUCAAAGUUUUCACUCUUUACUUUUGUUACUUGCCAACGAUGAUUUCCCCCCGCUGGAACAAUAAGUUGUAACUAUAGUUUUAUCCUUAUACGAUUGAGCUGGAUUACCAUGGCAUAGUGGGGCCAGCUAAACGUCCCGAUGUCUUUAAAAGAACUAAGUCUCACUGUUGCUGUUUGGAACCGACCCACCAUUCCUUACAGGUGCCUUGAGGCGCUGGUGAGACCAGAGCAACCAUACCUCCUUACUAAUGACAUUUCUACUGCCCACUGUGUGGGUAUUUUAGAAUGCUUACCAAACUCUGUCAAGCUGGCAUCACAUGAUAAAGGGCAGCUGGGAACCAAAGAAUCUGAGCCUGAAUUAUAUGAAACCAACCAUGAUAAGUGUUGGAUGAAUUCUCGAGCUGACGCCAGUGUUAUAACAGACGUGUGUAACCGGGCAGAUUUACCUGAAGUUGAGAUCUUAAGUCUUCUUGAAGAACAAAUUCCUAAAUACAAACUUCGGGCUGAUACUAUAACAGAUUUCCGUGGGUAUGACAACGAAGACUGGAUUCAAACCCCUUUAAUUCCUUUGGAUGACGAUCUUGAAUUAACUACUGAACAAAUCGAAGAAACUUUAAAAUACUUCAUCUUAUGCGCGCAGCGUGUAACCCAGAUGACUAGAACAUACAAUGAUAUUGAGGCUGUGACUCGUCUGCUCGAAGAGAAAGAACGAGAUCUUGAACUUGCAGCUCGCAUCGGUCAAACCCUUCUUGAGAAGAACAAAGAGUUAUCAGACAAAGCUGACCACUUAGAAGACCAAUUAUCUGCUGCUAAUGACAAAGUUAGCCAAUUAAAGCAUGACCUUUCUAUGAAAGAUGAGUUGUUGCGAUUCUAUACACAAGAUUUAGAAAAUGCAGAGUCUGAAUCAGAUUCUAGUACACCAACACAGCAACAGCCAUCCUCAUCUGGAGCCGACAGCAGGGUGAAAUCAUUUAAUCUGUCCAGUAUCAAUGUCGAUAGCCUAAAGAAAAAAGUUCGGCUCCUUGAGGAUGACAACUUGCAGCUGCGACUCGAGACUUCCCAGUUGGCAUCAGUCACUGAGGACUAUGAAGAAAAGGAAGAGAAGUUGGUGCAAGAUUGCCUCAAGCAGCUUGCCGAUGUCAACAGUCAGCUUGAGGUCUUCUCUGAUGAGUUGGCCCGCAAGACAGAAGAGAGUUCACGCCAGAAAGAAGAGAUUACGAGUCUUCUUUCCCAAGUUGUGGAUUUACAGAGAAAAAACAGAGAGGUCUCUGUAGAAAAUUUAGAUUAUAGUAAAAAGCUUGAGGCAUUCAAGGAUACACAGCAAAAAUUGGCCAAAGAACUAUCUGAAUGGCAGGAUCGCUAUGAUGAAUUAUUUGAAUUAUUUGAAGAAGUCCAAGAUGAGUUACGAACGUUACGUCGUAAGCACAAGCCAAGUGCCUCAAAGCACUAUAUGUCUACAUCAUCUUUAAUGAGGGGAGACUCCCUCGCUUCAGAACUUGAAUCAUCAAUGCGAGGUGAGAUAGAAUACCCAGCUGGCUACUCUCCGGCUGAGAGAAGAAUUCAUAACUGGAAAAUCUUUGAGACUGCUCGAGCUGCCAAAAAAGCAUCCCAAAGAAUGAAAGAUAAACGAAGCAGUUCUCUUUUCUUGAAAGCUGCAGGUGGUGAUAGCAGUACCCCAGGAUCUGCUAGUGUCUCAGUGAGAAGCUCCCUCUAUUUGUCUGACGGAGAAUCCUUUAUUAGUGAUGGCUACAAUGCUGAUUUGGACAGUAUGUCUGGAUGGCCGCCUUUCAGAGCUUACAGUUCCAACUCUACUAACAUUGGCCGUCCUGGUGUGCCUGGGUCCAAUGAUUUAGAAACAGCCCUAAGACGUUUGUUGGUCAAACGACCGUGGGAUAUUAAUGACAAAGAUGGUAAGAGUUCUUCUGACUCUAGUAAAGAAAAUGAAAGGCCACAAAUCUCCUUGGAUCCCACAUUCAGUGAUGGCUUCAGCACACCCAUGCUCUCUGGCACGCCUGAGAGUAUGUUGUCAUCAGGAGUAUCUGCAUUAUCUGCCACUGGGAGUGCAGGUUUGCAUUUUAAGAUACCCGAAAAAUUACAAAUUGUCAAACCAAUGGAAGGAUCGGUAACACUGAAGCACUGGCAGCAGUUAGCCCAACCACAUAUGACUGGUAUAUUUGAGUCAAGGCCAGGGGUGCAAAUUAAAGGGGAGCGCAAGUUGGAUCUGGAAGAAGAAGUAUAUAACUUAAGUGAUUAUGAAGAAGACGACGAUUACCAGUUGUGUCACAGCAAGAGGUUUGCUGAAAGUUCCACUAUUUACACUUACACAGACUCUAUGGUGAUGCACCCGUCAGAUCAAGUCUAUUUGGAUGAGAAGCAGUCAGAUAAUAAUUCUUCUAUAAAAAGACUUUGGGACAUAGAACGAAAGAAAGCAAAAGAUAGAAAACUUCUACUAAAGCCUAAACAUGGGAACAAAGACAUGGGAGAGCCUCCUGCUGCUUGCUCAAGGAAAUCGACUCGCAAAACUGCUGACACCACCACAUGUAGCAUGUCACUUGGACUGGCUGCUAUCCUUAACGAACGAGGCCUUUGUGAUACGUGGAAGUUUGGGCGGCGGUGCAAAGGUAAUUCUGUGAGUCCAGGUGGUGAUGGAACCAGUAGUGAUGAUUCUCACAGUGGAAUUUACACUCGGUCGGGUGGUUCAAGCAGUGAUGCCACCCCGACUCACUUCUAUCGGAAGAAGAAAUCCAGUAGUGAAGUUAAAGAAACUAAAGAUGAUGGCAAUGCUAAUAGUUCUUCAGUAGAUGCCUUGGACAGCUCAAGUGAAGUUGGGGCCAAAACCCAAUCUGCAGGGGCAUCAUUUCUGAGUACUUUAAAAUCUAAAGGGUUUUCAAUUUACGGUAUUUUAUCAUCAUCAUCAUCAGCAUCAACAGAAAACAAUAACUCUGUAGGAGAAGCAAUCACAACUGACUCUUCUAUUGAUAGUACGCUAAAGUGCACUACUGCAACAAAUGGUGCAGCCAGUCCUAAUUCUACCGCCACUACCACCACCAACAACGCCACUAUCAUCAAUGACAACAACAACAGCAGCAGAGAUAGCAACCGCAGCAAUAACAACAGUUCACCAUCAACAACAACGGCGAAUGACAUUGCAUUAGAAAAGUCUGGUGGUGUUCUUGGUGCUAUCACGUCGUUAAGGCAAGGUGGUAUUCUAUAGUCAGUGCAGGAAUCUUUUGUGCCAUAAACUAUGCAUUUUUAGAAUAUCAACAACAACAACUGCUCUCUUUAUCAAUGGCCUCUGUAUAAAACAACACAACAAGCAGAACAAACACUUGUUAUAUAUAACCGAGAAUGUCAGUUUAGUUACAAUAGAAAUUAUUUAAACAAAUCUUUUCAGACACUGCUGGGUUCUUUUUUUUUCUUUCAUUUUAAUCUAGUUUUCUUUUGUUUGUAAUUUUCUUUAUUUCCUUAAUUAGAAAAUUGGGAGGGUGUUUUUUUAUAAUUUUUUUUUUAUAGAAAAUGAAAUUGAAUGAGUGUAUGUAUAUAGAAAAAUGUAGGGUUAUUUUAAAACUGAUAAUUUGGAACGUAUUUUUUAAAAAAAUUGAAUUUUUUUUUAUUCUAAUUCAUUUAUGACAAACUGAGGUCUUAAUGUCCACUCAGAUCCUUGCCAUGUCUACAUCUGUUUUGCGACAUUUCAGCUGCCUCUCUCUCUCUCUGGUGUCAAGUGUUUAUGAAUUUAUUACUGAAUUAACAACAUCAACAGACAAACAAACAGAAAGUGCUGUAAAUUUAUUUCACAAAGUAUAAUUCAUCCACAUAAAAAAAAAAAAUUGUUACAUUUAGAAACAAGCUAUUGAAUUUUUCCACCUUAGCAAAUUAAUCUGAAGUCGUCUCUUCAAGUGUUUCAUUUGAGAGAAUUAGGCAUGUAGAAGACAGAAAAAAAAAUCAUAAAAACUCACAAUUAAAAACUAUUUAUAUUCAAUUUUUCUUCUACAUAUUUCCUCUAAGUAUAGUCAUCCCUUAAAAAUCCCUGAUCCUCCCCAUUGCAAUAGGGUUUUUUUUUUUUAUCUUUUCAAAUUUAUCAUACAAAUACUGUCAUCCCUGAAUUUAUUGCAAUCUGUACAAAUGUGUUGUAAAAGGACAAAAGUCUACUUUAGAUAAAAAUAGUCUUUUCUAUUCUUAUGUAAUCAUAGCAAUCAGUUGGUGCAUGUUAGUGUCUGUCUAUAUUUAGCAAUAUAUAGUUCUGGAUCUUCUAGCGUAAUGUUUUUUGGUUUUUUAAUGCAAAACUCUUUGGUUUCAUAAGAAAUUAAACACUGCUAGUUCCAGUACAGACCCAACCCUUCUAUUCUGCUGCCUCGUAUUAAAAUAAUUCUAUUUUUAAAACAAAUAAGUUUAAUUAGAUAUGAAAUGCCAUUUGAAAUUGUGCACUCUUUAUUUUUUUAAGGGAAAAAUUAGCAUUUUCCACUUAUUGCUAUAUUUAUAUAUAGUAGGGACUACAUAAAAUGUUCAGCAAAAUACUACAAAUUGAGCAUAUUUUCAUGCAGAUCCUGAUGUGUGUGUCUGUGUGAGAAAGAGAGUGAGAGAUUACGUUUUAAAUAGUCUUGAAUUUAAGAUCAUAAUGUAUUGUAAAUUUAAUUCAGAAUUUCAGCUAAUCAGUGAACUUGGAAUAAGUUUUACUUCCUGAAAAUGGAAUAUUUUGUAAUUAAAACUAUUAAUAAUGGCAGAUUAAAAAUAUUAAGCAAGGCAGAUUAAAAUUAUUAAUCAUGACAAAUAUAAAAGAUUUUUUAAAGGUUUUGUGUUUAUGUAAUUUUAUUUAUGCCUUUAACAUGUAACCUUUUCAUAAAUUAUGAUAAUUUUCUUCUGGUGUACUCAUAUAUCUUAGCACAUCUCUGGCAUGUAUCUGUGCAGCUGAAGAGGCUUUGUUUUGUUACAUCAGUUAGUUAUAACUAGACUGCUGUAGUCUACUUAUAUACUUCUCAUCAUAGGACAGGGAUAACAAGCACUCUUUUUAAGUGGUUCUAAGUCUAAGGAAUGCUGUUGCUUUUGACAUAUCAAUCCAAAGCAGUUUCUCUCUUGCAAAAGUCUGCAAACUCAGAGCAAUGAUAAAAAUAUGCUUCAAACUUUUGUUCGUUUGACAAUUCGUUUAUUGUAAUUCUCAUAAUUUAGGUAAAUUUGAGCAAAGUAUAUCAAAAUGAAACUGAUUAAAUUUUGUAUAUAUAUAUAUAGCUUAAAUUGAUUAAAUCAGCUCUUUAUUUGAAACCAAAAUUUUGAUGUCAUUAAAAUAUUAAUGAGACAAUCCCUAACUUUUGUCAAAUAAAGUUAAUGAACGCAUACCAGAGAAAAUUAAUAAUAAAAAUAAUUCUCUGUUCACAAAAACUGAAUUGUAUUUAUGCAACAAAUGUCUGAAACAACUCGAUAUUUUAAAGCAGAAAUUUAUUUAAACAAGUUUAUCAUGGUGUAAAAAUGAAAUAAUUUGAAUAUAGUUAUAUAUAGAUAGUUGCAAUUUUAAAAUUAAUAGUACAGAUAUGGCUGUGUGGUUAAGAAGUUUGCUAUGCAAGCAUGUGGUUCUGAGUUCAAUACUACUGCAAGUUACAUUGAACAAAUAUCUUCUGCUUUAGCCUUGGUUUGAUCAAUACCUUGUCAGUGGAAUUUGAAAGUCAGAAACUGUGCAAUAAUCCCAUUGUGUGUGAGUGAGUAUAUAUGUGUGUAUGUAUAUAGAAUUAUUCUUUGUAAAAGCAAUGAUUUCUUUGAUGAUUGUUGGGCAACAUCCUUCAAAAAUUAAAAUGAAACAGUUCAAACAUUUUCUUUUGUUGAGACUAUCUUAAAAUAUUAUAACAUUAAAUACCAAUGAACAAGAAUUUCAACAAGUAUCUUAGAGCAGAGGCAGUAAGUUUCUUUUGUCCCCACUCAAUAUUUUAUCUUCAUUCACUGGAACCUCAAGGCUAGAAAGAUGAAUCUUAAGUUGAAUGUUUUAUCAUAAAUAAGAACUGAGAUAGAAAUAAUUUCUUGUACUCAUUUCAAUACCAGUCAUUAUUGCCAUUUACAAUUCUCCUAUAAAACUAGCAUCUUGCUUGCCUAGCUCACCAAAAUUUUAACUUGCAAACUUUAUAGCAAAUCUUAGUAGCAGGAGUCUUCUAACAUUUCUGCUUGCUGUGCAUUAAGAAUUUAAAAAAUUUAUUUUAUGUGUGCUUAUUGUAAUCCUUUAGUUUAAUCUUUGUAUCGUUUAAGCAAAUAUUUAGUUCUUUUUUUUCUUUCUGAUUUCUGCUCUUUCUGUCUAUUUUUCUAAAAAUCGCUUGAUAAUUCAGUGUUUACAUAUCUUCAAAUCAUUGGUUAGUGUAAGAGUUCUGGUCCAAUUUAUGCUUUUUUUACUUUUAAUACUUUUGAUUCUAAAUGCUGUCUUUCAAAUAUGAUCAUAAAUUUCUAAAUAUGAUCAACAUAUAAAAUACAAAAAAUUUUUAAAUUCUUUCCAACCAAAAAAUAUAUCCAAAGUGUUUGUGAUAAAAUUUAAUUCCAAAUAAAAACAAAAGUGCUUAUCAUGACCAGAUUUGUAAGAAUAUCCUACCAUUGAUUGAGGAGAGUUGACAGUGAUAACGAACACUGAUUAUUAGCUUUGAGCUGAUUGCUUUUGACAUUUUAUAAAUUUUCGUUUCUCUCAGAAAGAGCUGAACCUAUCAGCAAAGAUAUAGGUUUACACACAAAAUUCUUUGCACACUCCCUAAUCUCCAAGAUUACCUUUUUUCUUGUCCUGAUAUAUUGCAAGCUUCUCUUCCAUUUGGUGUUGGUCUACAAAUACAACUUUAUUCUCUCUCUCUGUCUUCAAUACUAGCACCAUUCUCAGGUAUUUGGUUGCAAGAUUUUCCCUUCUGUUACCCUUUUAGAGAUUCUUUCUUCGUAUUUUCUUCUGCAGCGAGCACUUAUCAAGCUUGAGGUAACUACUCUCUUUAAUAUAGCCUAUAUAUUGUCAGAUGAUUUAGAAUAUUUGUUAUAUCAACAAUCAACAUUAUCUGUAUUUGAAAGCUCUAAACCAACUCGUGUUAAAAAUCUCCAGCACCGUUCUCUGAUAUUUGGUUGAGAGAUUUCCCUUUCUGCUACCCUUAGAUUUAAUUUUGUAGCUACCCUAAUUUUCAACCUUCUACCUCACAUUUCUAUUCGUUGCAUAGUCCUUCCUUUUGUCUCUCUGGAUUUGCAGGUUUUAAGCUUAGCUAUUCCUCCAAUGCAUUCCUGAGCAGGUUUCUCUGAAUUUCUCUAAAACCAAUAUAAAAAUGAAUUCAGUUUCAUUUCAUUUUUUUCUUCUCCUUUUAACGUCUAGAAAUAUUGUGCCUACAUAAGGAAUGGGUUACUCUUAAUGUUCUUAGUAUGAUUAACAGAAUAUUUACUAAUAAUUGAAUGAGGUAAACUAUCAUUUAAGGUAAUUUGUCGUUCUAUAGCUAUGUCUAUUUUUAUACAGAUAAUCUAUAAAAGCCAUACUCCUUCGACAAAUUGUUAUCCACAUUGUUGCCAUUAAACCUUAAUACUUUCAUUGAUUCCACUUAAAUUCCAUGUCUCUAUUUUUCCCUAAUAACUGCUUGCGAAGACCCUAAUACAUUAAUGUUGUAGCAAGCAAUGACUGAUAAUUAGAAUCAUUCAAUUCCCCUUGUUGUAAAUGUAUUACAAGUAUUGUUUGUUUAGUUAAUUUGUAAUAUUAGAAAAGGCUCUCUUGUUUCUGUGCCUGUUUCAUAACAACAAUGAAAAACUGACAAUCUUUAGUUCUAAUUUUACUUCAAUGUUGCAGUAUCAUAAUUCUAGCAUUUUCUUAUUUUUGAUAGCAUUUUUUAAAAUUAAAAAUUUCUAAUUUAAAACUAUAGAGCUUGCUUUUCAAAAUUGACAUUGUUAAGCUAACAAUGUAAUUGAUGCCUUUUAUAAAUAUUUUUGUGACUUAUUGGCUUUUAACAUUCUUUCCUCUUCUUUUCUUAUGCGACAAAUGCUAUAAAACUUUAGGUAACAACUGUCUUUAAUAUAGUCUAUAUAUUGUCAGAUAAUCUUUUAUUAUAUCUCAAAUAUAUAUCGAAUAUCUAUAUUAAUAGUUAGCAUUUUCUCUAUCUAAAAGUUAUAAAGUGGCUUUUGUCAGUGAUCUCCACAUAUCACUUUCAGAUGUUUCUUCUACAAAAACACUGGAAUAAGUUUGAUAUCUUAACCCUUAAUGUGCUGCUGAUUAAAUUUUUGCAUACUAAAAUGCAGAUAUUGCAAAUCAGUUCUCAUAGCCUCUUUCUUUUAUUGAGUAAAAACAAAAUGUGGUAUUAUUAUAUCAUGCAAAAUGUGGAGAAUUUCAGAAAGUACUCAAAUUAUCAAAAUGAAUAAACUUACCUCCCAUGUCUCGAAUCCUGAUGUAUGGGGCCGAGUUGAUUCCUGCAAAGUAAGGGUUGAAGAAAAUUGGCAGUUGUUGAAAUGAUGUUCUGAAUAGUCUCCUGCUAUUUCAAGUAUUUCAUUCUCAAUCUAACUGAAACUUACGUGGUCAUGUAUUUUGGAUUUUUUUUUUAUUCAUUUCUAUCAUAAAUUUAUUUUUUUACACACCAGAUAACUUUCUUGAACUGCAUACCUCUCUAGUAGUAUUUUGCAGGCAGAUUAUGGUCACUUUUGUAAAUAUAACUAAUGUUAUUAUGGUUUAUGCAUGCAAAAUGUUAGAAAUGUUCAUAUCUGAGAGACGAAAGUAUGAUAGGGGGAGAAGCAUAGGUGUCUAACUAUAAAAGUGAUACAUGGCUACCCCCACUUGAAACAAAUGAGCAAUACUUACUUAGAUAUUUCAUUUCUUUCCUUUUGUUGUUUAAAUUUUAGUUUUAAUUAUUCCAAGUAAAAUUAAAUAAUUAUCUCUGUUUACAUUGUUUGCAACCUCUCUCCUCAGAUACACCAACAAUAAAAAUGAAAUCUAGUUUUAAAAAAACCACAAAACAAACUUUGUGUAAAUGUUCAAUUUAAAAGGCAAAUGAACUAGCCAGACCUUUUUGUAACUUGUUGUGGUAUGAAAAAAAAACAAAAAAAA